UUCCGGCCGAACAAACAAAUCGAAACAUCAACAACAAGAGAUCAUCCGAUUCUAUUUACACCCAAGUGAAUUUGUUAGUGUCAAUUUUGAAUCGAAUUGUUUUUUGUUUUGUCUUUGUUCGAUUCCGUAAUUCAACAACAACGAAACGACACCGAAAAAAACAUUCAAUCAUUUUCCUCUGAUGUGUUUGUGAUCAACGAAAUAACCUAAAAACAAAUUGAAUCCUGCAAAAGUCACAUUUGAAGAUGAAAUGAUGAAUGUAAAGUUCAUUUUUCUUUCAUCAUCAUCAUUGUUUUCAAGUUUUAGUGUUACAAAGAUAAUACACCUAAUAACCACUAUUGAAAAUUAGCCGCCACCACCAACACUCGUUCGCAUCAAACAUCGUCUUCAUAACUGCAAAACAACAACAACAACAACAGAGACAACAGUAACCAAACAUUUGAAUCAUUAAUAAUUUAGUUCUACAUGAACAUACAAACACACACACACACACACAGACGUUUGGAUCAGAUCAAAUCGGCCAUAAACUAACUUAACUAACAUUCAAACAAUUCUGUGUCUCCAGUGAUAGUUCUGGUUUCCAUCUAUAUUUCUUUGUUGUUGUUGUUUGAUGGACCUCUUGGUUGUUGUGGUUAUUAUCUUUUAUUGUGGUUGGCAUGAAUAUUAUAAUGCACAAUCCCAGCUCGAAAAUUUCCAGGUUAUUUUGUCAUUUUUCCCUGUAAUCAUUCACCGGAUGUAUCUGUGCGUAUGUUUGUGGGUGAAAUUGACUCUUUGAUUAACCAGAAAAAAACGAAGCAAAUUCCAACACGUUCCAUCAUCAUCAUCAUCAUUAUAACCAGAUACCAGAUCCGAAAAACAGCAACAAAAGUUGCUGUGCCAGAACACAAUCCGAUUUUUUGUUUCUGUUUGUUUUUGGUUCCCUCCUGAGAAAAUUCAACACAGGAACAUAAUCCUUUCUUCGACAACUUUUCAUCAUUUACAUGUGGUAUCGACGAUUGAUUCUAAAACAUGCCAUAGCCAAAACUCGAACGAGAAACAAAUUUGCAAAAAACCGGUCCACGGAUUCAGCUGAUGCCCCGCACAAUAAAACGAUUAUGAUGAUCACAGCAUGGUAUUCGGGUUCACAUCACACAAACAACAACGAUGACGAUGAUCAUAAUGAUCACUUUGUCGUCGUCAUUUCAAGUCAAGUUUUCGAGAAAUAGAUUUUGAUCGCUAAAAAGAAAUUCUCCUACUGAAACCGAAUCAUGAUGAUCAUGAAAAUGGAUUUCUUUGAAUCGUACAUGCUUCCUGUUUUAGUUUAUUUUUUGAUGGCGUGUCUUGGUUAUAUUUUCUCAGUUUUAGUGCACAUCUAGGUGUGACUGUGAAUGUGUUCUAGUGUACAUUUUUUCUCUCAUGGUGUUUGUGUUUUAUUAUUGGUUUCGAUUGGUAAUAUCAAUGAAAAUGUCCAAUUCAUAAAUGAAAUUAUUCAUUCAUCAUCUUCAUCACCACCAUCUCCAUCAUCCUCAUCAUCAUAAUCAUCAGUAUGAGCAACAGCAAUGGUUGUUGUGAGCCGCCGGCCGCUUCUUCAACACCAUCAACAACAACCACAACCACGACAACAAAGACCGGCCAUUAUUAUGAUCAAAAUGUUCGAAAUAGAUUUAGUAGCCAUGCUGACCAACAACGAUCACAAUCAUCCUCCGAUUAUUUGUGUAAAUUGGAUGAUCACCAAAUCCAGACAUCAUCGUCAUCAUCACAUCCACAGCCAUGUAUAUCUAUAGUAUCAAUCGAUACUGGAAAUGAUGAUCAUGAAAUGUCUCCAAUAUCAACACCAUCGAUUUCAGCAUCAAUAUUUGUCGAUCAUAACCAUAAUAAUGAUAAUAGUAGUUGUUGUGCAAUAGCAACAGCUAAUACUCAACCACAACUAUCAUCGCCACAAUCAAUUAUACAUCAUCAUUAUCAUCGUACGACAGGUAGCAGUAAUACAAGUAGUCCAAAUUAUCAUCACCAACGACGCCAUCACCAUUAUCAUCAUCAUCAUCAUCAUGGCCGAUGUUCACAGCAAUCUUCCGAUAAUUCCUCAUCACAUUAUCAACAUCAACAUCAUAAUCAGAAUGGCAAUAAUCAGCAACAGCAACAACAACAAACAUCGACUGAUCAACCAUUUGGCCAAUAUACACCGGUUUGCCUCUAUAUAUUUAAACAGGAUACAUUUCCAAGAAAUAUUUGCCUUCGUAUGAUAUCGAAUCCAUGGUUCGAGCGCAUAAGUAUGAUGGCCAUACUAUUGAAUUGUGUUACAUUGGGCAUGUAUCAACCGUGUGCAGAUGAUGAGACCUGUACAACAUCACGAUGUAAAAUAUUGCAAACAUUCGAUGACAUAAUAUUUGGUUUUUUUGCCCUUGAAAUGGUCAUUAAAAUGCUGGCCAUGGGCAUAAUGAAUGCACCCAAUUCAUACCUAUCGGACACUUGGAAUCGAUUAGAUUUUUUCAUUGUUGUUGCCGGAGCUCUUGAGUAUUGUCUGGAUGUUGGCAAUAUGAAUCUAUCGGCUAUCCGUACAGUACGAGUAUUACGGCCAUUACGAGCAAUCAACCGAAUACCAAGCAUGCGAAUAUUGGUCAUGUUGUUAUUGGACACUUUACCGAUGCUUGGCAAUGUGUUGUUGCUUUGUUUUUUUGUCUUUUUCAUCUUUGGCAUCAUUGGUGUGCAAUUAUGGGCCGGUCUAUUACGACAACGUUGUUUUCUAUCGCUACCACCAAAUACAUCCAUACCCGAUAGAUUUAUCGAUUCAUCCAACAGUGGGUUUUUGUUGUUAGAUUUUCUCAACCACACACACCAUGAGUCAAAAUGGCCUGGUGAAUGAAAUGUCUUUAUAUCAGGAUAUAGGAUUCUCAUAUUU